CUGGUGCAGUACACACAAACAACCGAAUCACCAAAACGGAUUAAACCCAACGAAGCAGGAUUACAAACGAAACAAAUUCUACAAUGGCUGCCAAUCAGAAACUCAUCUUUGCCCUUUUCGGACUCUUGCUCUGUGAUUUGGUUUUGUGCCAGCAGCAGGCGAGCAACAACUCCAACACCGAAGCCGAUGCAGAUCUGGCUGAGAGCCGCACUUUCGGUCAUCAUUUCAUGCGCCGUAUUAGCUUCGCCUUGGUGCCCGGCGCCUUUGUUGUGGGUGUCAUUACCACUUUGCUGGCUGCCUUGACGGUUGUCUCCAUGAAGGGUCUGGGUGUUGGUGUCAUCCUCUUGGUGCUGGCCAUCGGUCAGAUGCUGUCCCGAGCUCUGCCCGUGCAUGCCGCGGCCGCCUAUGCGGCUGCUCCGGCUCCCGUUCCCGUUGUCUACUCCCAUUCGCACACACAGCAGCCUGUGUGGCUGGAGAAGGAGUGGUAA